CACAGUCUAACAUUAACAAAGCAAGAGAACAGAGAGAAGGAAAGAGGGAUGAACAGAAAGUGAUAGAGACACUGAGCAAGUGUGGACCACUUUUACAAUUCAUUCAUCUACAAGGGUUGGAGUGGUCUGGAUGAUAGAAGGAGAGGGUCGGUGUUUUCUCACAGGUGACAUUUGAUGUAUGACAAUCUAACCAUGCUGAACUUACAAAACGGCUCCAACUGGACUGGUCCAAACAACUGGUACCACCCGGCCGACACCAUUACUCCUCAACACGGAACAAAUGGUUGCGUGGAAGAUCUGAAUGUGCAGAUGGCCAGAGCAGGGGAAGGAGUGGUGCAGGGAGAGAGGGAUGAGGUGGACGAGUCGCAGCUACACCUGCAGCUAAAGAGGAAGCUGCAGAGGAACCGCACCAGCUUCACCCAGGAGCAGAUAGAUGCCCUGGAGAAAGUCUGUGUUCCAGAGUUUGAAAGGACUCAUUACCCAGAUGUCUUUGCUAGAGAGAGACUGGCUGCAAAGAUUGAUCUUCCAGAGGCCAGAAUUCAGGUAUGGUUCUCUAAUCGGAGAGCUAAGUGGAGAAGGGAGGAAAAGCUGAGAAACCAGAGGAGAUCAGGGGGCACCAGUUCCUGCUCUCAGACACAUACUCCCCUGAGCACGUCCUUUACCUCCCCCGUAUAUCACUCCCAUCAUAGUAACAGCUCAGACUCAAUGCACAGUCGGAGUCAUUCGUCUCUCUCAGGCUAUAGCUCUCUGUCUGUCUUCUCCAGUAUGCAGUCUUUGCCCUCCCAGUCCACUCCAACUUACUCCUGCAUGUUGCCUCCUUCUCCUUCUGCCCUCCACCCUCUUUCCCGUAAAUUUGACUCCUCAUCCUACACCUCUCCCCACCUCCCUGCCCCACCCACAGCCAGCGCAAACACAGGAUUCUUUCCCGGUGUUUCUGCAGCAGGGCAGACUGCAGUUCAAGGCGGCGAUCAGGAGCUGGGACAAGGUCUGACUCAGUACUGGACGAGAUUGCAGUAAAAACAGACCUUAUCAUUAUCAGACAUAACCAGCAGAGCUUCAAUCAGCAACUUUGAGCAAAUUAUUAAACAAAAAAUGUGUCAGGAAACCCUACUUGUUUAGAUUAUGUACACAUCAGUGAAGAAGUCUAUGUAAGCCAUAAUCCUGUGAAAAAAACAACAACUCACAAACCUGCACAGACAGAUAAGAAAAUGGACUCCAGCAUUUUUGAUCUGCACAGUUAUAGUGCAGUUCCUAGUCAGCACCAUGCCAGACAAUAGCACAAACUAGUCUGGUUAACGUUCUCAGCUAUUGGAGAAUAGUAAAAAAUUAGCUGCAUGAGGCCAACACCUUGCCUCAUGUUUAUGCAACAAAAAUUGUUGUUUAAUUGAUGUGCCACUUACAAUCAAUGUGAUAAACUGCAUGUGACCAAAAACGAGGAUGGUUUAAAGCUGCUGUAGUUGCCGUUCAAAAGUUUGGGUUUGGUAAGAUAUUUUAA